AUGCCGGCACCAAAGAACAGGAAAGUGGCCAUUGUUGGCAGCCGCUCCGUUGGCAAAUCAUCGCUUGCCGUCCAGUUUGUGGACGGUCAUUUCGUCGACAGCUAUUACCCUACCAUCGAGAAUACCUUCAGUAAGACUAUACGCUACAAAGGACAAGAAUACGCAACAGAGAUUGUCGAUACUGCUGGUCAAGAUGAAUACAGUAUUUUAAAUUCGAAGCAUUUCAUUGGCAUCCACGGCUAUAUGUUAGUUUACUCAGUGUCAUCACUGCCAUCUUUUGAGAUGGUGCAAGUUAUACGGGAGAAGAUCCUGAAUCAUUUGGGCACCGAAUCCGUCCCUAUUGUCAUUGUGGGUAACAAAAGCGAUCUACGACCUGAGCAACGACAGGUCAGCGCCGAAGAAGGGAAGAAGCUCUCCGAGAAGAUUCAAUGCGGGUGGACCGAAGCCAGCGCGCGAUAUAAUGAGAACGUUUCAAAGGCAUUCGAGAUAUUAAUCGCACAGAUUGAGAAGGCACAAAAUCCCAACGAGGCCGCGGAAGGCGGCAAAUGUACCCUGAUGUAG